AUGGGAGCUCAACCCAACAAUUCAGAGUUGCUCUUCACCUUGACAAGACUCCCAGGACUGGAGACCUCCCAGCACUGGAUAUUUUUGCCCCUUGGUACUUUCUAUUUUGUCUCUGUUGUGGGCAAUGCCCUUAUCCUGUUCAUUAUUAAGGAGGAACAGAGCUUACACCAGCCUAUGUACUAUUUCCUGUCCCUGCUCUCAGUUAAUGAUUUAGGUGUAUCUUUCUCCACAUUACCCACUGUACUGGCCACAUUUUGCUUCCACUUAAGAGAAAUCAGUUUUAAUUCUUGCAUGGCCCAAAUGUUCUUUAUCCACCUUUUCUCCUUCAUGGAGUCUGGGGUCCUGCUGGUCAUGAGCUUUUAUUGCUAUGUGGCCAUCUGUAAUCCACUGCGCUAUGCCACAGUACUCAGUGAUGCCCGUGUGGUGCAAAUGGGCAUGUUUGUUAUUAUCAGAAGUUUCUGCCUGGUUUUCCCAAUGCCUUUCCUUCUGAAGAGGCUGUCCUUCUCUAAGCUCAAUGUGCUCUUCCAUUCCUACUAUCUGCACCCUGACCUGAUCGGACUGCCCUGUGGAGAUACCACCAUCAACAGCAUGUAUGGUCUAUUCAUUGUCAUUUCUGCCUUUGGUGUAGACUCAAUGCUCAUCUUACUCUCCUAUGUGCUCAUUCUGCACUCUGUGCUGGCCAUUGCCUCCAAGGAGGAAAGACUUAAGACAAUCAACACAUGUGUAUCCCACAUCUGUGCUGUGCUCAUCUUCUAUGUGCCCAUGGUUAGUGUGUCAAUAGUCCAUCGAUUUGCAAAGCAUGCCCCCAAUUAUGUUCACAAGUUCAUGUCCCUGGUCUAUCUCUUUGUGCCUCCGAUGCUUAACCCAAUCAUCUAUUCCAUUAAGACUAAGGAGAUCCUCAAGAGACUACACAAGAUGUUAUUGGGAUCUAAGCUGUAA